UCAGCUCCCAAGGACCAGGGAAGGAGAGUUGGAGACCACUUAUUUUAUAAAUCGUCCCAUAUUUCCUGGUGUCCAUUCCAUUCACUCCAUCGCUGCGAGACAAUGAAGGAUACACACACCCUGCUCAAUCUGCUUCUGCUGCUAGUGUACCUAGCAGGAUCAGCUUUGACCACAGAUGGAGGGAGUGGCAGUACCAAUGGUCCCUUGGACCUAACCAUAGUGGGACCUGACUUUGUUAAAGUGGGCGUGCCACGCAGCUUUGACUGUGCCGCCCAGUGCUCUCCCUCCUGCAGCUACAGAAUGAGUAUCUACGGGCAGAUUUGGCAGGGCAACAAGCUGUUGUUCACAGCUCGCCAAUGGGAGGAGUCCCUAAACCUUACAUGCACUGCAAGGAAUGAUGACUCUGGGAGGUCCUCUACAGUAUCAAAGAUACUCCAGGUUUUAGCUGGACCAACCAACGUAUCGAUCACAGGCCCUGCCCUGAUGACCCCAGGGGCCCCUCAAAGCUUCCAGUGUAACGCCGACUGCCGUCCCUCCUGCAAGUACACCUGGAAGAUAAAGGGCCGAUGGCUCGGGGGACAGGGGAGCGAGAUUACCGUAACUCCCGAAGAGUUGGCCACCUCUGUUACCCUGAACUGCAAGGCCAUCAACAGUGUGUCUGGGCUCUAUGCCAUGGCAACCAGGAAAAUACCUGUGACAUCUGGUCCAUCAGAGGUCCACAUCAUAGGCCCAGAAUCUGUUGCAGUCGGCUUCAAGUCCAUGUUUCAGUGCAUUGCCAAAUGCUCUCCCGCUUGUGACUACCACUGGACCAUUGAUGGUCACACUGUCCAUGGCAGUGAGAUGGAGAUGACGGUCGAGCAACAUGUGAAGCCAGAGAAGAUUAUGUGCCACGCUCAGAAUACGUUCUCAACUAAUUUUGAGGUGGUCACCAAGACCGUACGAGUGGAAUCUCAUGAUCACACAUUUUAGCCACUAUCUUAAUUUUAGGAGACUAAAUCUUUAACUGAUGUAUAUGGUCUUUAUGAUGCUGUCAUAAACAUUAUUUGACCUAAUAUCAUGGUUUUUUUGUGUUCCUUUUGGAAUGUUUUUGUGCGUGUGACAGACAAUGACAAAAAAAAGAUCUCUCAAAACAAUAUGCUUGUCAAGCUAUGUCCAGGUUGUGUUCGUACAAGCAGACCAUCUCUGGGAGGAAGCGUCAGCAUUGGACAGCAGCUGAAACCGGGUCUCGAUUGAGUACGAACACUCCUUGCUGACAACAACACCAGGCUCCAAAGCAUUAAAGCUGUAAAACAGGAAAACAGACUGAAAAUAGACAAGACAUUAUAACCUUGCAUACCCGCUACAGUGCCUUCAGAAAGUAUUCACACCCCUUGACUUUUUCCACAUUUUGUUGUGUGAGUCAGAAUUUUAAAUUUGAUACAUUUCCAUUGUUUUGUCACUGGCCUAAACACUACCCAAUAAUGUCAAU